AUUUUUCAUUUCUAGAUAAAUUUUUUUCCGGAAUUAAUUAAUUAAUUAAUUAAUUAAUUAUUAAAAUAAUAAUUUGUUUAUUGAGUAGGAAUUUUCGUAUUGUUGCAAUUUCUAUGAUUAGAUGUAAAAGUUCAUUUUAUAUUACAUGAUUACAUUCUUAAAUUGUAGUCGUUGACGUUUCAUUCAGCUCUAGCUGUGUUUGAAAGUAAUUUUGCAUAAUAUCGCGAAGAGCCACCCCUCUUCAUAGAUUAAUUUGAUUAGAAAAAUGUCACGAUCCAAAAUUGUCAGUGUUAUUAAAGAACCAAAUAAACCACUGGGGUUGACUGUGGAACAGGACGAAAAUGGCAAUUUGAUUGUGGCCCGAAUAUUGGCUGGGAGUGUAAUAGAAGAAGCCAAGGUUUUACAUCCUGGUGAUGUAAUCCUCGAAGUGAAUGAAGUUGAUGUAAUAACUCCUGAAGAUUUGAUGCACGAGGUGUCCCAAAGCAAGAGUACCAUAAAGUUUAGAAUUGCUCCAACUGGUGAAGCUGAUCACGGAUUUAAACCUCAAAAAUGCCACGUUAGAGCUCUAUUUCAUUACAAUCCUGCCGAAGACUCGUUAAUACCAUGCCCGGAAUUAGGACUGGAAUUCAAAAGCGGAGAUAUUUUACAAAUUGUGGAUCAAACAGAUCCUAUUUGGUGGCAAGCUAGGAAGGUCGAUGAUGAUAGUGGUCGUAUUGGAUUAAUCCCCUCUCCCGAUCUCGAAGAAAGACGAAAGGCGUAUGUCCCUCCGGAGGCCGACUAUGUUCAUAAAAUUGGCAUUUGUGGUACAAGAAUUGCUCGAAGAAAAAAGAAGAAAAUGUAUCAAUCCAAGUGGAAUGUCGAGUUUGAUAAAGCUGAGUUACUCCUGUACGAGGAAGUCACUAGAAUGCCUCCUUUUAAAAGACGCACUUUAGCUCUUGUUGGGCCAUCUGGUGUUGGACGUCGUACGUUGAAAGGCCGUUUAAUUAAUAGCGAUCCGAACAGAUUCGCUGGAGUUAUCCCAAUUACAUCGCGUCCUCCUCGUGAAUUGGAAGAAAAUGGUAAAAAUUAUUGGUUCAUUGAUCGCGAGGACAUGGAAAACAAAAUCAGGCAGCAUAAAUUCUUGGAAUAUGGAGAACACAACGGUAAUUUAUACGGCACCGGUUUAGAUUCUAUCAGAAACGUUAUCAAUGAAGGAAAAAUGUGUGUUUUGGAUUGUAGUCCUCCUGCUCUAAAAAUACUCCAUAAUUCGGCCGAAUUUAUGCCAUAUGUCAUUUUUAUCGCUUCUCCUGGAAUGGAUGAGCUGAAAAAUUUGUACGAUUAUGGACGUUACAACGGUUAUUCGACCAGAACCUUGACGUUUGAUAGACAGAGUUCAAUCAGAUAUAGUUCUCGUCGUGCUCGUACUUUGGAAUCGUUAGCUUCUUUGUAUCAGGAAGAGGAUCUGAAAAACACUCUAGAAGAGAGUAGCUGUUUGCAAAGGACUUACGAAAAGUAUAUCGAUAUGGUUAUCGUGAAUGAAGAUUUCGACGAAACAUUUCGUAAAGUGAACGAAGUAGUUAAUGGCUUGGCAAAUCAACAUCAAUGGGUACCAGUGAACUGGGUGUUUUAAUUGAUGCGGUGUCAAUGCAUUGCAGCUAAUUGCACUAUCGACUGAAUAUAUUAAGUAUAUUCUACAUGUAGCAGUAUUUGUGAUAAUUAUCACCUUUCGAUUGAGGUUAGUUAUUAUCUCGAGAGUUUUUUUUUUUUUUUACAAAUAAUUCCCCCCCCCCCUCAUUUUUAUAGAUAUGUACUUGGAGUAUUCAGCUUAUAACUGCCUGUCGAAUCUUGUUUUUUGAAAUCUAGUAUUGAAUAUUAAUUUAUUUUUUCAAUUAGAUAUAUGUACGAGUAUUACAAGAAAUAUCGGUGACCGUUAUCGAUGCAAUAUUAUUUAAAAUUUGAAUUCAAUUUGAGGAAAACAUUUUCCUGUAUGAAAUGAAAAAAUUAUUAGGUAAUUUAUUCAGCAAAUCUCUUUAUCACCAAUUCUGCCCCGUUUUUUAAAAAUCUGUGAUAAUGUUUGCCAUUUUGUUUUCCAAUGUUGAAUUUUUUAAAAUUCAAGCUUUCAAUUUUUCAGCAUUACAAGAAACGCUUUUAUGUUGGAAAUGAUCUUUUGUGUUUCAAAAAGUAUUGAGAAUUUACAUUUUUUACUGUUACGAACGUAUUACCUUCGUAAAUUUAUAGUGGAGAAUUGUUAUUCUUUAUAUUGCUAUCUUGUGUAUGACUUCUAUUUUUAUUAUUCCGUCCAUAUUAAUUAAGAUUUAUGAAAAUUUAAUGAGCACAUUUCACCUAUUUAUGAAAUCUCAUUUAUUAAAUGCAAUUUAUUCGUAACUAUUCAUAUUUUUUUUUAAAUAUCGAGUACAACAUGCAUAAUGUAUUUUCAAUUUACGAUUACUUCAUUUCUUGGCGACUUUCGGAAAUUUCUAUUCAACUUUUUCGUUAUUUUGAUGAAUAGGUAGAUAUUGUUACUAAAUCUCUAAUUCAUGAAUCAUGAUCAAUUCUUUCUGAAAUAUUAUUGAAUUUGUUAAAUAUUCUUUUUUCCAAAUUUCGAAUCAAAGUAAAAAGUUACUCGAUUAACUAAUUGAAUGAACUUUCCAAAUCGUAAUGCAUCCAAAGAAGCAUGAAAAUACCUAUUUAUGUACAUAGGUAUCUAUUCCAUUCAGAAAACAUUACCAAAUUCGUUUUGCGAUUUUACCGUGCGUUUUAAUAAUAUGAAGUAAGAUAGGUAGAUGAGAUGCAUUAGUGCAUUGAUGUGAGAUUUUCCAACACGCAGUUUUCGUUCUACAAGCGAUAACAUUGAUGUACGACUGUAGCGUAGCCUUUUAUUGUUGUUCUCAAAGCUAUACGAUGAGACAAGAUAGAAAUUUCGUUCAGUUUUUUUCGUGAUCAAUCUUUGUUGCUCUUGUUACGUUUUUACGAAAUGAAGUGUAUCAUUGUUGCUUGAACGUUGACGGUUGCUAGUAGUCCAGUAAGAAUCGUACCUAUGUGAUUCGUUGUACUUCUUCGUGAUUAUCGAUUGUUUUGAAGCAUAUUGCAAAACCGUGUGAAAAUUGUCACCAUGUCGAAUAAAUAUCAUAAUAGGGUGAAGAUACCCCGAGUUAGACAGACCAGUUCGCAGGAAAAUUCUCGCCGGCGGCAGAGAAGUGCUAAUAGAAGAUGCAAUCCGUUUUCCACUUUUAUCGCGGCUCCUCUCGUCAAAUGGAGAACUGAAAAAAUUGAUCGCAUGAAGCUUGUUCGUGGAGGAAACGGAGCAUGGUUUUUCAUCGCUGUGCUCCUUGCCUACUGGUUGUUCGACGAUUUGAAAUUUAACCUCUUCACAUCGGUUAGUUCGGUAUCGGGUGAGUUUUUUUUCCUGAAUGUCGGCCGUAAUAGUGUUGAUGAAAACGAAAUCUCAUCUGUCUCCAAGCAUCAACUUCAUGCGUUUACUGAGAAUCACGUACAAAUUUUCGUACAAGUUUUACAUUCGAUUAUCCAGGAUGAAGGUUGUCGCAAAGGCCUAAAGCAGAAGUACAAUAUAGCCGCUGAUUACCACGAAGGUCGUCCAGUCAUUAAAGAUGAUAUUAUUUUCAACGAUUUAAUUCGUACACGCGGUUUCGAGCCGCAGGAUGCUCAACAGUUGAUCGAAAUGUCUAGAAUAUUGUUCUCGAAGUCUGAUCGCGGAGUAGUUAGAACUCACAGCAAAAAAGGCUUUAUUUACUUAAACGAUUCAUUAUUAGAAUAUUGUGGCUAUAAAAAAAUGUAUUUUAAGGAUCUCGGAAUAUUUAUCGCAACUAUUUUAGUAAUUCAUACGGUAUUCGUAGUUUUUUUGUUACUUGUUAGAGUGGUGAUACGAAAAUGUCCGCAAUGUGUGAAUUGCAUAGAGCGUAAUUCUGCCGAGCUUGAUUCACUUUGCUGCUGUAAUACUGGACCUACAGAAGUUUAAUUUAAUUUUUUGACGUUUCAUUCGACUGCAUUAUUUUUUGAUGAUACUUUGCAUAAGUAUAUAUUAUGCCUUAGCGAUCAUGUAGUAAAUUAUUUUCGUCUGUUUGUCUUUUAACGCCUUUAAUUUCUUAUUUAUUGCGCAUUUGCUCGCCUCGAUUUUGCUUUUAACUUAUUUUAUUUAUUAUUUAUUUAUGUACUGACGUAUUUUACUUUUAUUUUAAGCCCACGAAUUAGAAUUAGGCUAUAAUUAAAUGCGAGACAUUUACUUUUUUCAGAAUCAGAGUAGAUAUAGGUAAUUGAGAUGUUUUUGACAAAGUACUUGUUGACUAUGAAUGAUUUUCAUCUCGUUUUAUAUACCUAUAGUUACAAGUUGACAUGUGUACACGUGAAUGUAUCUUCGUUGAAUUAAAAUGAUUGCUGAAUAUUA